AUGGCUGAUAACCUUCACGGGUCGUGGGACUUGGACGUCAAGACUCUUUGUUCCAAAAUCCGUGGACAAACUGGAAUUCUUGAGAUCUACAAUGAUGCUAUGCCUUUCUGGUUCGAUGGUUUGAACUCCGCCAAAAUCAACUUCGGUCUCACAGCAUAUGGUAGGGGAUAUACGGUCGCCAACAAAGCUUGCAACAACCUAGGAUACCUAUUUAGAGGACCAAGGUUGCCGGGGCCCUGCACUAACUCCAUUGGUGUCUUGUCUUUGAUGGAGAUUAAGGAUAUCAUCAAAGAGGAAGGUCUAACUCCCACUCUUCUAGAUAACGAAAUGAUGAAGGCGACCACCUGGGAUAAUCAGUGGAUCGGAUAUGACGAUGAAGAGACUCGUGCUCUAAAACUGAUUUGGUCAGGUCGUCUGUGCUUUGGUGGAACCAUGUUCUGGAGUAUAGACUUUAUGUCUAGUGUUGGAACUGCCUCGCCAGUUACAGAAGAUGGUACAUGCAGACCCAACAAUAGAUUCAAAGUAUUUGGCAACUCAGCCGUUGGAAGUUGUUGUUCUUUCUCUGGCUAUUGCGGAUCAAGCUUGGCUCACUGUGGCAAGGCCUAUAUUUUUGGAGGCUGUACGAAAAAUGGUAUGACAACCGAUGUUACCUGCGGUCAACUACAUAAGGGCGCUCUUUGUGCUGGGCGAGUCGUGCGCUUCGACAAGAACGAUGGUGACACCAACUCAUUGUUUACAAAAGAUCUUUUGAAUGCUAUAGGCACAGUACUGACCGUUUCUGGUGGUGCAGCUGGGAAAAAAGCUGAUAUUCUAGGACCACUUGGAUCUCUUGUCAGUGGUGUGCUACAGGGGCUGAUCGUUGCGAUGGACGACGGACAGUCCGACGAUCUUUCGAACAUGGCGGCUUUGGAUAAGUGGGUCCAGACUUCAGAUCCAUAA